GGGUCUGUGCCCAGGAGGGUAGAGCUGCGCCUCGCUUCCGGGCCGAUGCUCCCUGUUCCCGGUUUCGCACAACGUCACUUCCGCCGCGGGACUGAGUCCGGGUCCCCCACAUGGAGGCGCUUCCGGGCAGAGGGGGGAGGGGCUGGGACGGAAGCGGCGCUGCAGCAAGGGCGUCCCGAGCGAGCAGCAUGGCCCUGAACGCGGCAGGCAACGAUGAUGGGAACUGGGAGCCACCUUCAGAGGCAGAGCUGAAGGUGAUCCAGGCACGGAGGGAGAGGCAGGAUAAGAUCAGCAGAGUGAUGGGCGACUACCUGCUCAAGGGGUACCGCAUGCUGGGGGAGUGCUGCGAAGAGUGUGGGACCAUCUUGCUUCAAGACAAGCAGAGGAAACUUUACUGCGUGGCCUGCCAGGAGCUCAACUCUGACAUCGACAAGGACAACCCGGCCUUGAACGCCCAGGCUGCCCUGUCCCAGGUCCGUGAGCGCCAGCUGGCCUCCACCUCCGAGGAGGCUGCGCCUCUUGGGUACCUCCCAGCCGCCCAGCAGCAGCCCCAUGUGCCGCGCCCAGAACACUGUGAGGGGGCGGCCUCGGGACUCCGAGCUGCCGCCACUGCGGCUGCCAUACCACAGGCCCAGCCUGCCCCAACGCUUGCCCUGCCUGCUAGCCCCCUGGCUGCAGCAGAGGAUGCCAUCCUCCAGAAGCUGGGCUGGGCCAGCCAGGAGCUCCAGCACAGCGCCUCCAUCGAGCUCAGCCUCCAAUUAUGCAGCCUCAUCCGCUCCUGCGCUGAGUCCUUGAAAUGCCUCAAGGAGCUGACCCCACAGUGAGUCGCCCAUGUCGGCCCCGGCCGCCACAGGGGCAGUGACCAGGCCUCAGAACACUGACUACACCUGGCACAGCCAGGCCGGGAGGGGGUGAGGAUGCCCCCCCCAGAGACUCUGUUUCGCCAGCCCCUUUCGGCUGGGCAAAGAUCCUGUUCUUUGUCUGUAGCUUCUGAUAAAAACUCCAAAAUCUUGUGAAAGACUCAAUCUGAUAAUUUGGGGUCGGGGUGCCCAAAGCAUCAGAUGCAUGGAGAUGCAGGGCUGGAUCUGACCUGGAGAGGGGGGAUUCUAUCCUGGAUAGGCCAUGGCUCUGAUCUGGGGCAGGAGGAGCAGAUGGGGCCAGCCCAGUCCUCCUUUGUUCCAUUGUCUCUUGGUCUCACCCAGGCAGCUGUGGCAGGGGCCAUGGAGCAGACAUCUGCCAGGUCUGUUGUGAUAUUGAGACAACAGCUAUGCAGCCAGGAUCCCGCUGGGCUGGGCUUCCUGCCUGUCAUGCCCUGUCCACCCCCGAAUGGAACUCGUGGCCAGCUGGAUGCUGGGGGAGAGGAGUGGGGGGUUCCUGACUGCAGCACAGACAGUACCUGGCUCCAAUGCCCCAACUCACCACUAGGGGGUAGCUUUGGGGGCUCAGUAGGGGGCACUCUCCAACUGUAGCCAGUACUGGUCCAAAUGCCCUAGCAUGGUGCUAGGGGAUGCUUUGCUGCAGGGAGUGAAGGGGCCUCAGUGGGGCAUGCUCCCCUUUGUCAGUGGUCACUAAAUAGCCCCCUGGAGUUUCACCAACAGUCGCAGCAUCCGUGCCCAAGUCCCUAAAUUCUUCCUUGCACUGAAAUCCUCCUUCGGUUCCUGUUGGUGGUUUUAAGCAAUGAGUGAGGCGGCUGCACCUCAGUACUGGGAGAGGGACUUCUGUGUAAACAUCCUUUCCGCCUCACCCUAGAAUCAGCCGCUUCUCAGCACCAGGCAAGCUACCCCUA